AUGAAGUUGGACCAAAAAGGCAAGGUCCUCGCCGAGUACAUCUGGAUUGAUGGUACGAACGGCCUCCGAAACAAGACAAAGACUCUGAGCAAGGCUCCCAAGUCCGUCGACGAUCUCCCAGAAUGGAACUUCGACGGUUCUUCGACUGGCCAAGCCCCAGGCGACAACUCCGAUGUCUACAUCCGACCUGUGGCCAUGUUCCCCGAUCCAAUCCGUCUAGGCGAUAACAUCCUCGUCAUGUGCGAGACCUGGGACCCAGAUGGAACACCAAACAAGUUCAACUACCGACACGAUGCGGCUCGUCUGAUGGAAGCGAACGCCAAGCACAAGGUUUGGUUUGGUCUGGAACAAGAAUACACUCUCCUAGGCCCUGAUGGCUGGCCGUACGGUUGGCCCAAGGGUGGCUUCCCCGGCCCUCAGGGUCCUUACUACUGCGGUGUUGGCACCGGCCGUGUAUACUGCCGUGACAUCGUCGAAGCACACCACAAGGCUUGCAUGUACGCUGGUAUUGAGAUCUCUGGCACCAACGCCGAGGUCAUGCCUGCACAGUGGGAGUACCAAGUCGGACCUUGCGAGGGUAUCAACUUGGGUGAUCAACUCUGGGUUUCUCGAUGGCUCCUCCACCGUAUCGCCGAGGAGUUCGGUGCUGUUGUCUCCUUCCAACCCAAGCCUAUCCCCGGUGACUGGAACGGUGCUGGUCUGCACACCAACGUCUCAUCCAAAGAGAUGCGCGAAGAGGGUGGAAUGAAAUACAUUGAAGAGGCCAUGAAGAAGCUUGAGAAGCGCCACGUUGAGCACAUCAAGGUGUACGGUGAAGGAAACGAGCUGCGCAUGACCGGUGCCCACGAAACCUCAUCUAUCGACAAGUUCACCUGGGGUGUAGCCAACCGUGGCUCAUCUGUCCGUAUUCCCCGUGCCUGCGCCAAGGAAGGCAAGGGUUACUUCGAGGAUCGACGACCUGCUUCCAAUGCCGACCCCUAUCAAAUUACCGGCAUCAUCGUCGAGACCAUGUAUGGAUCUCUUCCCGAGGAAAAGUUUUAA